UUUGUAGUCCACAAUCAGAGUUGUUUCCGUGUAUUUUAGCCUACGUGAGUUAGGUGGUGGAAUCUGCUCUGUGAAGACAAACACAUGUGAAAUCAUUGAACAGGGUUGUGUGAAUUUAUGGAAACAUGUCAAAGAAACGGGGCAGGAAGCGUAGCAGUGGAGAGCUGAGCGAGAGCUCGGCGUCGACCCUGAGCCCAGACCCUGACAACCUGCUGGGCCGUAGGAUUCAGCACACAUGGAGGGAGAAGGGUAAUGUGACCAAGUGGAAAGGCACCGUUCUGGAGCGCCUAACUAUGAACAGCUCCCUCUACAUGGUCAAAUAUGACGGCUUUGACUGCGUUUAUGGCAUCGAGCUCUUCAAAGACAAUCGGGUGUCCAACCUGCAGGUCUUGUCAGAGAAAGUCGUGAACAAUAAGAUUAAGGUGCCUCCCGGGGCAGAGGAGCUGGUGGGCCGGGCUGUGGAGCAUCUGUUUGAGAAGGAGGACGGUGAGAAAAACGAGUGGCGAGGCAUGGUGCUGUCACGAGCCCCCAUCAUGACCCACUGGUACUAUAUCACCUACGAGAAGGACCCGGUGCUCUACAUGUACCAGCUCUGGGACGACUAUAAGGACGGAGAUCUUCGUGUCCUGCCUGAAUCAGAGAACAAACACCUGCUGCCAGCCGACAGGAAGCCAGGUGAGGAGCCAGAGAGCCUCGUGGGUAAACAGGUGGAGUAUGUCACAGAUAACGGUCUGAAGAGGACGGGCUUGGUCAUCUACCAGGUCCCAGCUAAGCCCACGGUAUAUUACAUCAAAUAUGACGAUGACGUCCACAUCCACGUCUACGAUCUGGUGAAGACCACCUAGAACUGACUGUCUGAUUCAUCUUCAGCUGACGGCUCAUCUCUGACCCUACCAGUCGUUACCUGUGAAAGUGUUACACAUUUCAGUUUCCCUCCAGCGGGAGGCGAUGUGCCGAAGAUCAAAAGCUACGCUUUGUUUUUCUUUUUCUUUUUUUGGGGGGUGGGGGGAGCCUCCAGAGGCUUCUUUCAUUCUCACAUCACCAGAUAUCGCGGUUUUUGAUUCUCGAUUUUUAAGUUGACCUUAUUGUAUAACUGUGGGGUCCUCAUCAAUGUAAAUAAAGCAGGUCUGAGACCGGUUGUAUAGCCCAGCAGAUGAAAUGGAGCUAGAAGUAUGUUUUGGUUAAAUCACACUUGUAUAGUGCAACUUUCAAACUCCAAAUUCAUACUUUUUGUAAGCAACACAUCAAACAAAUAAUUCAGCUUUCUUACCUAUAUACCUCUGUGUUUCACUGUUAUUUCAUUUCACUUUUAUAUACGCCUGUGCUAUUUAUUUCUUCUGGAACACCUGGCUGUGCUGCUGGUGACAUUUUGACAAGACUUGUCAGCUGUGCUUUAUGUGUGUCACUGGGUAGGCCUCAAGUUUGUUGACUAUAGAAUUAAUAUUCAGUUGACCAGUGUGCUUAUUUUACCAUCACAGUGAACCACAAUUUCAGUUUCAGGUUUGAUGAGACUUGACAGUCUCACAUCAUGGAUAUGAAACAUGAUGAAACGAACUAUGAUUAGUUAUGUUCUGUUUCAUCAUGUAAUCUGCAAGUUUUCUACAUUAUGAUAAUAUAUGAAAAAAUACUGAUGUUGAUGUCAAGUUGUUUCAACUGUGUUUGUGCUACACACUAUUUAUGUAGUUCAAAUUGGCUCCCAACAUUGUUUAGUGUUUUGGACUAAAGUCUUUAUUAUUUGCCAAAAAAUGAAUGAUGUGAUAUGAUAUAUUCACGACUCAAACUAUUGUUCAUUGUGACCCUAAAUAUGUUUUUUUCUUUUUUUUCUUCUGUAAAUAUAAUCGGACAUUUUUAUGAACGUAAAACUAAGCUGCUUGUAAAUUAUUUCCGCGUCAAGUUCUUGUUAAACGCUGUUUGUGUUGCGGUGGCUGUCUUGUUCAUUUGUGUGAAUGAGUUCCACCAUGGUUGAAAGUACAAUACAUUAAUAUGAUUGUACUGUCGGAGGUGAUCAGGUAUAGUGCUUCUCUUAAUUAAUAGCAUGCUACACUUUAUACUUUAAUUCAUAAUCCAGGCUCUCACCAUGUGAACUCCGUAUUGUCUAUAUGUUGCUGAUAUAGUGGCACAAUUGACCCAUUCAGAAUGUGAAUAUUAGAAUUAAAUGUAGGCAAUAUGUGCGUAUCUAA